UAUUUAUAUCGCUUUGCCUCUCCUUCUCCAUUUCUCACCUUUCAGCGUCUAAUCAAAGCUCUCCGUGCUCCCUUUGCUUCAGGUAAUAUUUGAACGAAUUGAUUAUUAGUACCAUGGGAUCCGUUGUUGAUGCUGCAAACAAGGAGGUAAAUGGAACCUCAAGUGCAAAGAAACCAACUGUUAUUUUUGUCCUGGGUGGUCCAGGCAGUGGGAAAGGUACACAGUGUGCCUAUAUCGUUGAGCAUUUUGGUUACAGACAUCUCAGUGCUGGAGACCUUCUCAGGGCUGAGAUUAAAUCAGGUUCUGAAAACGGAACAAUGAUCCAGAACAUGAUUAAAGAAGGGAAGAUUGUGCCUUCUGAGGUUACAAUCAAGCUUCUCCAGAAAGCAAUUCAGGAGAACGGGAAUGACAAGUUCCUCAUUGAUGGUUUCCCUCGCAAUGAGGAGAACCGAGCAGCAUUUGAAAAAGUUACUGAGAUCGAACCAAAGUUUGUCUUGUUCUUUGAUUGUCCUGAGGAAGAGAUGGAGAGACGCUUAUUGGGACGUAACCAGGGGAGAGAGGAUGACAAUAUUGAGACUAUAAGGAAGCGUUUCAAGGUGUUUCUUGAGUCUAGCUUACCAGUGAUUCAGUACUAUGAAGCUAAAGGGAAAGUUAGGAAGAUUCAUGCCGCAAAGCCCAUUGAUGAUGUAUUUCAGGAGGUGAAGGCAGUGUUUUCUCCUGAAGCUGAGAAGGUUGCAGCCUAGGCAGCAGCAUCAGUAAAGAGAUAUCCAGAUUAAUUGAUCUCAGUGGCAUCUUUACUAGGAAGUCCAUGCUUGGCCGUAUUUUUCUUCUUCUACAUAACCAUAUGAUUACUGUUAUUAUUGUAAUACACAUUCUACCUUUUUUUGUGCAACUUAAUACAUAUUCUACCUAUAUUAUAUAAUUUUUGUUUUAGUUUUGGUAUUUGGUGGGAUUUGUGAGAUUGGCUUUCUGUAAUAAUUUCAUUAAAAUUUUGAAUUCAUGGGAUUUUAUAAUA